AUAAGUUAAAUAUUACAGUUUUCACAGGAGGCUAUUUACAUUGUCCAUGGCGGGAUUGUUGCUGCGCUGAAAAAUGAAGCAUGGACAUAUCCAUCUUGUAUAUGUCAUGGAGAAUUGAUUGUUCGGACUGGUGUGUAUGAGUGUGUCACCUGCCAGCGGUUUUUCUACACCAUGAUUCACAGGUAUCGGGUAAAUGUUGAGGUCUUUGAUGGUCAUGAGAGUGCUGUAUUUGUGUUAAAUCACUCAGAGGUGCAGGAGUUGCUGAAACUCACACCUGAACGUGUGUUUUCUGAUUUAGAGGUUCUCCGAAUCUGUUCUGAUGUUGAGAUCAUUUCUGCAUUUCACACUGAAGAAACAAUUCCCAAUGCAUUGGAGGUCAUAGGUAAUGAUGGAAACCAAUCUGAAGCUGGUGCUGGAGAUGGCGAAAGUAGCAAGACCACUGUUAUUUCGAAGCAAGUUAAAAGGAAAUUGGAUGGUGAGGUUCAUAAUGGCAACCAUGAUAAUCAGCUUAAGUUCAAUUCUGAUGAUUAUCAGGUGAGGAAGAAAACUGAAUUGACUAUUGAUCAUUCAGUAGCAAUUGUUCGUCUUGGAGCUAUGAGUAUUGAUCAUGAGGAGUCUGAUGACGUUGCUGUGAAAGAUGAAUCACUUGACCAUGAGGAGUCUAUUAGAGUUGUUGUGGAACAUGAUGAUAAGACUGAGGAUAAGACUGAGGAUGUUGUUGAAGAACUCCAGAAGUUAAAGGUUGAUGAUGAUGAUGUAGUUCAUGACUGAGUGCUAUAAUAUAUAAGACUAUGCCUUUCUUUGUAUAAUGGGGCAGCUUAGUAUAGUCAGACUCUAUAUGAUUAUGUUAUGAGGCCAACUUUUUGUACUAUGGGCCGAUCCAUUAUGUUUAGUCUGACUUAUUUGUGGGUUUAAUAUGUUUAUUAUCCAGUUAGAAGAUGUGUGCUACAAGCAGAUUUAUUUUGUAAUAUGUUGUGAGCAACACUAUCCACAUGAAUCACUUCUUCCUUAUCAAUAUAAUUUUCUGUUUGUCUA